CUUAAUUUUUUUGGAGAAUAAAUGCACCAAAAAUUACCCGACUCUCUACGUCGGAUUUCCCGUCCUAUAUGACAGCUUUAUCCCCCUCCAGGUCUUUUGCCCACUAUUCUAAAAAAUAUUUAUUCCAGGAAAAUCAGAAGAACACGAUUAUAAGGUAACGUGCAUGCAUGCAUGUGACUGUACGACCUUAUAAACAAUUUCGGUUCUGAUCUUCCUGGAAGCAUUUCUACUUAAAAUCUGGAAUCGAAACUGAUGCGAUUCAUGCGAAAUAUUGCCGGAAGUGUACAAUUGGGUGCCUUUAAAUAUCUCAGAUCUCGCUUUUACUGCUCAAUUUGCUUUACUCUUCUUGCCGUCAUAUCAUGUGAUUUACGCUACGUAUAAAAUGUCGACUUCAUCGAAAGAUAUUAGCGUCAACAUUGAGGGCGAAACGUUCUCUUUGGUAAAAAUUCCCGAUGUCAGGAGCAGCUUAGUCAAAAACUCAAAGGAAGAACUGAAUGGCUCGCUGGAUUUAGCUAGCCUUGUCAAUGACUUUGCAAAGCUUGGUACCCUUAUCCGCGUUGCGUACAACGGUGUUGCAGGUUCUACGAAACUGCAGAUCAAAGUACAGAAAGUUGGAUACAAGGUCACCAAACUAGCGGAUAAGUCUGCUGUUACGGUGCAGAAUUUCAAGAACGCGUCAACCAGCGUCCUCCAAGAGCUUCAAGGCACGUACGAGUUUCUUCUCGACGGUUUGGAAGAGAUGGCAAUAGAAACCUUAUCGCUUUUGGCGAAAGUGGCAGAGCAAAUGGCCAAGGCAGCAGAAGAAUUGCACACCGACCUCGACGCAGCUACAACAGAUGUUAUUGACGCGUUGGAACAUACUCAGACAGAGAAAGGCUUUCAAGAGGACAGGAAGAAGAAAAUAAAAGAGGAACGAAAGGAUUUCGAGAUUAAGAGAAAAAAGGCUGAAGCGCUUCAAAAGGAGUUGGAGGAGAUGUUUAACAAGCUGUACAACAAAGCGAACCAGGAGGAGAUGAAGCAUUUGGAGGAAAUGAAGAAACAAAGGCAUAUGAGGAUGGAGGUUAACCAGCAAUGCAUCGAGUUCUUGGAGCGAAAAAGGAAUUAUGAGGACAACGAACACCUUGCAGAUGUUGCCCUUGACGCUUUGCACAACUCCAUUGGUGCCCUGAAGUCACUGUGUGCCAUUAUGAUGAAUGCUGCAUUGUUCUGGAAGCAAAUGCAGAAGCACUGCGAGGCCCUGGCGCAAAAGGACAUACAGCAGAUGAUGGAGAGAGCCAUGAAAUACCCCGAAGAGAAGCGACUCAGAGUGUGGACGUCAAACGCAUUCAAGAAAAGAACUGUUGGUUACUAUGCCAAAUGGGUGGCCUUGGAUGAUGUAUGCCAGGCGUACAUGCUGCAAAUCAAAGAUACACGUAAAGAUCUCUACGUUUCCUUGGAAGACAACCCAACUAUCGAGGAGUCCAGGAAAAACGUGCGCAAGCUUGCUGAGUCAUUGAAUCAUGACUUGAAGCACGAGCAACAGAAGAUUGCUGACAAGGAUUAGCUGCACAAAAGUGAUUGUUAUUAUUAUUGACAUUAUAUACAUGAACUAAAAUUAGUCAGUGCUACAAAGGAGCUAGGCUGUAGUCUGUAGAUCAGAAGAACGUUUGUUCGUGUAUUAUUUGUAGUAUUUGUGAACUAGCCAUGCACUUGUGCUAACAAUAAAUUGUUUAGAUGACUGACGUUUACAACUUUGAGGGAUUAUCAAAGGCUAAACUGUUUGUACUGCAAAAAAUCCAACCGCAGGUCCUACACAUAUUUAUUUCUUUUCUCCGGGGCGGAACAAAUUUAUCGCAAAUUUAUAUAGUAUAUAUAAUGCCUACAUUGCCUGAACACUGUCAGGUACGCGAGUCGCCCGUUCCGUAAUACACAGGAUGUCAGGAUUUUAGUUUGCAUGAAUAAAUGAUACAUGUUCAAUUUAAUAAAAAUACGGAUAGCUU